UAACUUCGCAACACUUGGACUAUUUCUGUUGAAGUUUUCUCUCCUUUCCCUGCCUUCCUAACAGAACUCUGUCCUCUAUUGCAGCUGAUGCACCCUGGCCAUCUCCCGGCAAUCUGCUUACUUGCAGUGAAGGGUUCAGGUGCAAGCAGAUGCUGACUCAGCCCGUUCCAUUAAGAGCUAAGAAGCAAGAAGAAAUUGGGGCGCCAUGGGGAAAGCACGCAGGCCCUCACCAGGGCAGCACAGGCAUUGCGAGGGGUGCUUCAACCGUCACUGCUACGUUCCUGUGGAACCCAACAUCUCCUGCCUGGUAAUAAGCUGCCACUUGCUCUGUGGUGCCACCUUCCACAUGUGCAAAGAGGCAGAGCACCAGCUCCUCUGUCCAUUAGAGCAGGUUCCCUGCCUCAACUCCAAAUAUGGCUGCCCCCUGUCCAUGUCCCGCCACAAGCUGGCCAAGCACCUGCAGGUGUGCCCCGCCAGUGUGGUCUGCUGCUCUAUGGAGUGGAACCGCUGGCCAAACGUGGACUCUGAAACCACCCUUCAUGAGAACAUUAUGAAAGAAAACCCCAAUGAGGAGUGUUUGGACACAGCCCUGGCCCUGCAGGACCAGAAGGUCCUCUUCAGAUCCUUGAAAAUGGUGGAACUUUUCCCAGAAACUAGAGAGGCCACUGAGGAGGAGCCAACUAUGAAUGGUGAAACCAGUGUGGAGGACAUGGGAGGAGCAGUGGGUGGAUUGGAUGUCAGUUUGGUACCACAUGAUUUGUCAGCAACUAAUGAGGAGAUGGCAGAGCUAAGUCAAGAAGAACGGGAGAUGCUAGCCAAAACCAAAGAAGGGAUGGACCUGGACAAGUUUGGCCAGUGGGAAAAUAUUUUCAGUAAGGAGCAUGCAGCCUCUGCUUUAACAAAUUCAUCAGUGAGCUAUGAGAACAAGAACAAGAAUGGCCCAGAGAAAGAACAGAUUUCCAGUGGCAAUAGCAUGGUUGAAGGAGAGGGCGUUCCCAAAAAGAAAGAACCACAGGAGAAUCAGAAGCAGCAGGACAUUCAUAAAACCGUGGAAACCAUGGGGCUUGCCCCUUGGCAGGAUGGUGUUCUGGAAAGACUGAAAACAGCUGUGGAUGCAAAGGACUAUAACAUGUAUCUAGUGCACAACGGGCGAAUGCUGAUUCACUUUGGUCAGAUGCCUGCUUGUACACCUAAGGAAAGAGACUUUGUUUAUGGCAAGCUUGAGGCUCAGGAAGUUAAGACUGUGUACACCUUCAAAGUUCCUGUGAGCUACUGUGGAAAGCGAGCUCGACUUGGAGAUGCCAUGUUGAGUUGUAAGCCCAGUGAACACAAGGCAGUGGAUACUUCAGAUCUGGGGAUCACUGUGGAGGAUCUGCCCAAAUCAGAUCUCAUCAAGACCACCCUCCAGUGUGCUUUGGAAAGAGAACUCAAAGGCCACGUCAUCUCUGAAUCCAGAAGCAUUGACGGACUGUUCAUGGAUUUUGCCACACAAACAUACAACUUUGAGCCAGAACAGUUUUCCUCUGGGACAGUGCUGGCUGACCUAGCCCCUGCCACCCCAGUGGGACUCCACGUGGAGCUCCACAGUGAGUGUGUGACCAGGAGACACAACAAAAGCAGCUCUGCCUUCACUUUCACUUGCAGCAAAUUCUUCAGGAGGGAUGAGUUCCCCCUGCACUUCAAGAAUGUCCACACAGACAUUCAGUCAUGUCUCAAUGGCUGGUUCCAGCAUCGAUGCCCUCUUGCCUACUUGGGAUGUACAUUUGUUCAAAACCAUUUCCGUCCCCCAGGGCAAAAGGCAAAAGUAAUCUAUAGUCAGGAGCUCAAGACCUUUGCCAUUAAGCCAGAGGUUGCUCCAGAGCUGAGUGAGGGAAGGAAGAACAACCAUCUUUUGGGCCAUGGAGGAAAAAGUCAGAAUUCUCUAACCAGCCUGCCCCUGGAGAUUUUGCAGUACAUUGCUGGGUUCUUGGACAGCGUCAGCCUGGCCCAGCUCUCCCAGGUGUCUGUGCUGAUGAGGAAUAUCUGUGCCACUUUGUUACAAGAGAGAGGGAUGGUCCUCUUGCAAUGGAAGAAGAAGAGGUGUUCCCAUGGAGGCUUCUCCUGGAGAGUCCACAGAGAAAUCUGGCAGUUCAGCAGCCUUUUCUCCAAAAUCAAGAGCUGGGAGUUUAAUGAAGUCACCUCCAUGUCUGAGCACCUGAAGUCUUGUCCUUUCAACAUUGUAGAGCACAAAACUGACCCAAUUCUUUUGACCAGCAUGUGUGAGCCACGUGAGCAGGCCCGAGAGAGCUUAGUCUCCACCUUCAGAAUCAGACCACGAGGAAGAUACGUCUCCUAAAAAUUCAGAUGUCACCCAAUGCACCAUUCUUGGAUUUCUUCUCAGAGGUCCUGAAGUAGGACAGAGUGUGGUUUUGAGAACUCCCUUCUGUAAACUGUCUAUUUGCUUAUCAGGGUGUAUUGGAACAUGCAGUGUCCUUCAAAACCUCAACACGAGGCCUAAGAAUUCCCUAAGACAUGGCCUAUACCAUAGUGCCAUACUGAUGAUUUGUUUCCUUUUCUUUUUUUUCUUUCUUUCUAAAAUAGAUUGGUCUGAGAAGAAAGUAAGUAAUUUGAGGCCAUUUGGAAGAUGGACCCAAUUUCUUAAGAGAUGAGAGAGCCACAAAAUUCCAUAACCAGUACAGGCCUGUGCUUUUACAUGAACUUUUUCGCUUACAAAGCACUUUCAAAUUUGUGGGACAGUAAAUGCAGGAUGGGACUAAGGUGCAGAGAGUUACUCCCCAGAGAACACAGAGUGAAGGUAGCACAGCUUGAAGGCUCUGGAGCUGUGUCUAUUUUGACAGUCAAGUCUGGGGCUCGUUUUAGUCAUCCUACUGCCUCUAAGCCAGAGAGGCACAGCCUGACAUAACAGAGCCCCUGGCUGAGCAUGGCAGCCUCAAAGACACCACAGGCCAAAACAUGAGAGGCAGAAAUGAGGUCACAGAAUCUGUUGUUAGAAUCUUGGCAACAUACAGCAGGAAAGCCUUGAGAAAUGGGGCGUCCAAAGGAGACACCACAUUUAUGGAGAACCUUAGGACAAAAAGCCACAAGCCUACUUUGUAACAUCUUAAUGAUGACUUAGGAGUCAAUAUUUUUUUUCUUCUGAAAAUUAUGUUCUACGUCUGAGUUAGGCAGAACAUAGGCAUGGCCCCUGGGCACGCUGUGCUAUCUGAAAUGACCUCAAUACACUAACGCCAACCUCAGUGUCAUGCCAGAAUGCACAGGGUAGCCCAGGGAGACCAUGCCUUUGGCAAAGUGCAGCCAAGGCCCACUGUAGUUCCUAUGGCACCAGUCACCAGCUCCUAGACCCCACUUGGGUAGCUACUGGGGUCUUGGAGAGAAAGACAUGUGAAUAUAGUGGCUCCCUGAAAUUACUCCUACCUGUCCAUAUUGCUGGCCAUGCAUUCAGUCUGACAAAAAUGGAUGAUACUGCUGUUUUUGGUAUCGAACAGUGAAUAUUCAUAAGAACAAAAGUAAAAGAUAAAAAGACACAAUAGAAACUGGCAUCCCCCAAAACAGGGCUUCUUAGCCUUAGAACUAUUGACAUUUUGAACUGGAUAAUUAUUUGUUUUAAGGGACUGUUCUGUGCACUACAGGACACCGGCCAGCAUCCUUGGCCUAUCCAUGAAAUGCCAGUAGCACCAGCACAGAGGCGACAACCAAAAAUGUCACCACACAUUGCUGAAUGUCGGGGAGGAAAUUGGCUCCUGGUUGAAAAUCCCUAAAGGAUGUCAUACUAGUGACAAUAAGUUAGGAUAUACUUAUUUUUUAGAACAGCAAAAUCUUAUCUCCCUUAGCUAUCCACAGUAGUUAUGAUUUCAUGCAGCUCUUUAAGAAAUUGAAAUAUUUAUUUUAGACACGUAGUGAUUUUAAGUUGGGAACCAGAUGGAGAUGAUGAUUUGUUUGGUAUGGCUUCAUGUCCUCAGCCACAUGCAAGAAUGUAUCCUUUCAGCUCUCUUUGGUUAUACCUGAAGCUUGGAAAGUAGAGUUAUUGGCCCUGCGUUUAUAUCCCUCUCACUGUAAUUGGUGUCAUUUUCCCUGCAGUCCUAGCAAUUUCUCAGGCAAGUGAGAAAUAGGAAAGGAAAAGGACAGGCAUUGUAGGGAAGCAGAGAAUAAAGAAUUUCGCCAAUAAAAGAAGGAGUCUAGUAAAUCUGGGUGCUUGUUAUUGCGUGGGUUCUCUCUAAACAUGGAUCAGAGCUGGUGUAGAUGAAGUAGGUAACACCUCCAAAAAGAGUCAAGAAGGCAGUAGAGCAAGUCCCAGACCAGAAACAUGCUCAUCUUUUCAUUGUAAUGUGCCACUUGGUACUAUUUGAUAAUGUCACUCUAUUUUUCCUAAUCCCAUCCUUUGUUUUAUAUUUCUUAUUUGUAUAUAAGGCACCAUUUUCUAACAAUAUGACGAGGGUAUGACCUAAGGUUUUAUUCCAUGAAGAUAAGUAACUGGAAACAACCUAACACUGCAGUGGGAAGGAAGGAAGAGAGUUGUCCAGGUGGCAGUUCUGAGGAAAAAGGCUCCGAAAAUCCACUCUGGGUUUGUGAUUUUAAUAGAAAAAGAAAGGGAAACUAUGGAACAGUGGAGAUGAAAAUCAGGGGCUAUGGAUGAAUGGAAGAGAAACAAGGUGCUACAUACAGAAAGGAAGAGGGCAGAGCGCUUUCCCUUCCCAAAUCAGGUGGGUGGGGGCAGCCUCGGUUCAGGAGAGUGGCACUGCCCACAACUGCUUUGUAAGUUGCACACUUCUAGCCGUACUCUCCCCCUCCAGUUGCUGCCUUCAAAGCUGUAUUGAAGCACGAGCUUCAAUAAGAUAAGGACACUUCCUAGUGAGAGGGCAGUGGCACCAAAACCCUUCAGGUGACUAUGAAUUAGAUAGAAAUGAUUUGUGAGAGGAAGCUGGAAUGAACAGCAUGAACCGUGAGUGUUAUCUGAUAGACAAGAGAGCUAGAUGUGGCUUCAGAUUUAGAAGCAGCUGAGGGGAGCAAAGAGGGGCUGUGUAUACAGGGAGGGGAGAUGUCUAUGGGCAGAGCCCUUGGUGGGUAUCAUUGCCAAGAAAGGCAGUCCACAGUAGAGAUCAGCGGAAUAUGGAGACUGAGGUCUGUAGCACUGGGCCAGAGAGGACCUUGCUGCCUUAAUAGCAUAAGGGUCUGGAAAAGAAGUUUCUGUUUUACAACAAAAGGAAAAGUGAAAAGCAAGGUGGAACUUGAAGCUGUGUCGUGAAAAUCACUAUAAAAGUCUGAUUUAUGUGUGAUGUCAAAUUAAACUGAAAUGAAGAAUGAGAUCGAGUAUAUCUGUGGUGAUUGACCUCUGUAUACUAGAAAUCUCAAUGUCUCUAGAAGAGGAAAUAAAAGCUGCUUUGCACUCUGUAAGGCUAACUGGGUGACUCUUGUGAGUCCGGCCUAGAGAUAGAUGUGUGAUUCACAGGCAUAGAAGUUGUCAUUGAAAUCAAGUGUGUAUCAUGAAGAAAGACCAGAGCACAAGCCUGAGGCACAGUGCCAAGCUUGUCCAA